CUUACUGUUCCCACUACGCGCCUCACUUUGCGCUGUCACUGUUCUCUCUCUCUCUCUCUCUCUCUCUCUCUCUUCCCUCUAUACAAAUGCAUACGAUCUCUAACAUUUCCAAACGACUGCCAUUUAGCUAUUGCUAAUCAAAACCAAAUGGGUAAAGCCUCCAAGUGGUUCCGGGCAAUUCUCGGCCUUAAAAAAACCGACCACCCGCCUCAAUCACAACAGCAGCAUCAAACCAUGGGUCGCUUGAAGGAGAAACGAAGAUGGAACUUUGUGAAAUCAUACCGUGAGAAAGACCACCCGCAGCAGCAGCAGCACAUAAAACGUGGAGUUUCGGAUGAUCAGGAGACUUCCGUAAUGGUUCAGUGUUCGUCGGAGUACGAGGAGGAUCCUAACAAGCACGCGAUCGCAGUAGCCGCUGCCACGGCGGCAGUUGCUGAGGCCGCUGUGGCAGCGGCUCAUGCGGCAGCCGAGGUUGUAAGGUUGACGAGUAGCGGAAGGUGCGCUAACAACCCAGCAGUGACGUCCGUUAACAGGAGCCAUGCCUGGCGCGAGGAUCUGGCUGCCGUUAAGAUACAAUCUGCUUUCCGAGGAUACUUGGCAAGAAGGGCAUUGCGAGCUCUAAAAGCAUUAGUCAGGCUUCAGGCGCUGGUAAGAGGUAACAUUGAGAGGAAGCGAACAACACAAUGGCUUCAUCGUAUGCAAGCAUUAUUGAGAACCCAGGCACGAGCACAAACAGGACGGAUACAGCUCUCUGAAUCAUUACAUUCAAGUAGCAAGUCUUCUUACUUUCACCACCCUGGUCCACCUACCCCUGAAAAGUUUGAACAUGUAAUACGAGGUAGGAGUGGAAAAUAUGAACAGUCAUCAAUUCUUAAGAGGACGGGAUCAAAAUCUAAUGGCAGGGCAAUUAGUGAUGAAGACAAAGCACACUUAUCCUUUCAUUGGUCAGAACGUGGCAUGGAUGAAAGAUCACUGGAACAAAUAGUGCCUUUAUCUGGCACUAUAGACGAUGAGAAGAGUGACAAGAUCCUUGAAAUAGAUACCGGAAAACCCGACUUCACCCCUAAACGAAGAAACCUUUCCCAUUCCUCUCAUCUUCCCUUGGCUUCAGUUCAAUGUAGUUAUAGUUUCACAACUUCAAAAGACUCCAUGACUCAUCAAACUGUUCCAAGUCCAUCAUCAGGUGAAAUCCAGUCUUUUAGUCCUCUGAAAUUUACUCAUGAGGAUGAGGAGGCCUUUUGCACUGCUGAAAAUAGCCCUCAGUUCUACUCUGCAUCAUCAAGAGGGGGUAGCAGCAGAAGAAGUCCCUUCACUCCCAGUAAGAGUGAUGGCUCAGCAAGCUUUCUAAGUGGGUACUCAGGCUACUACCCAAAUUACAUGUCUUACACCGAAUCAUCAAGGGCUAAAGUGAGAUCUCUCAGUGCACCAAAGCAAAGGCCCCUGUACGAGAGAUCAAGUUCAACAAAGAGGUACUCAAUUCAUGGCUUUGGCGAGCCAAGGUCGAGCAGUGCACAGAGGGCUUCUGCCUUGCGUGCAAGCUUUACUAGCAAAGCUUAUCCAGGAUCUGGUCGGUUGGACAGACUAGGAAUGCCUGUUGGCCAGAGAUACUGAUAAGUGAUUCCAAGGGUUCUAGUUUCUGGAGUAGUUUUUUGCCAACUGAUGUGACUUGGUUAAUACUUGAUUUGUAGUUUGUCUAAGAUGUGUUUAAACUUUUAACGUUUCUAGUGACUGAAAUCUGACCAAACACUGGAAAAUCCAAUGGAAAAUCUUAUAUUUAAGCGUGUA